UACAAGGGUGAGACUUGGUGUUGAUGUCUAGAUACACUGAAGACAGACCGCGGAGGUUGCACUUCAGAAGUGGCUGUUGGUUAUGUGCUUGAUAUUAUCGCCGAGGUAUCUUUUUGUAUUUUUCUGCUGGGGAUGGGCCAGAUUGGGAAGGGCGGUACGAGGGUGGGACUUGGCGUUGGUGUUUUGGAACAUCAAAGAUGGACAGGGUUUUCGCGGAGGUCGCUCCUCAGAUAUCUCCACAACUACAGAUCGGGGAUCUUCCAAAAUCGAGAAGAUUGGUGCAUAUGGCUAGGUCUCUUCACCUUACAAUUUGUAUGGCAAUUUGGCCCGGGGUUGUGGUGUGGUAGGGGAGAAUGGGGGAUAAUCCCACACAGGAGUUUCGAACGACGUCUGGUUCAUGUUUGGCUGGAUAACUCCACCACCACACGGGGUAU